AUGCAAGCACUUACCAUUCUAGCAAUCUCAUUCCAGUAUUUUGGGCAGUUGCUUGUUGAAGUGAUUUAUAGUAGUAGCACAGAUAGAAAGCUAACAGCUAGUAUCUCGUCAGCAAUAAAACAAAAAUUUUCUUUGCAAGUUGAUUUAAAAGAAGUCUUUAUUAAUACAGAUUUGGAUAUCGAGCUUCUCAGUGAGACGUCGAAUAUUAUUUUUGAUCUUUCUGAAAGCAUCUCAAUCUCAGAAAUUAUAAAAGAUUUUUCCAAAAAACAUCAAAUAAUUAUUGUCUCUAUCCAAAAUUCUGUUAAUUCGUACUCUAAUUGGCAAUAUUUUACUCAUCCUGCAAAUUUGGAUGAUUUAAUGGCUUUAUCAAGCUUAGUCUUGCUACUUAAAUUGCUUAUAGAGAAGUCCCUUGCAGUCUCGUAGGCUACUACUUACUUCUUCAUAGCGGUUAGCCGCUUACUCUUCAGUCUAAACACAGUUUUCCACAGUGUUACUCCUCAAGGACGAGACUUGCACUCUCUACUAGAGAGCCGGAGACUCUUAGUCAUCAUCCCGCAUACGCAAACUGGGUUCGCAUUCCAGAAAACACGAAAAACUAAUUUUCUCUAAGGGCCAUGGGUCAGAAUGGAACUCAGAGCCCAGAACGCAACUCUUGACAUCGCGCUCCGAAUUCGCUCGAUUGGCUAACUCCCCCCUCCGUGAGUGAACAAAAAUAUCUUGUUCGCUCACGGAGUGGGGUUAUUUUUUUUUUUUUUUUUAAUUUAUUAUAAAUUCAUAGAAAUUUUUUUUCGAAAUUAAAAAAAGCCUAAUUCGCAAAAAUUGAUAAGCAAAUAUUAAUUUAUUAUAAAAUUUAUGUUUUAAAACGCAAUUUGUUUAAAAUUAAACAGAAUUAGCUAGAGAUCUUUUUAUUAUAAUAAUUAUCACUUAUAUAUCAAAAGUUUUUUCUAUAAAAAAUUUUUGUUCCCCACAGAUUGUGGGCUUUUUGGGCAAUAAAUAAGAAUCUUUCGAAUGGUUUUGUUCACUUACGAAGGGGGGGAGUAAGUGGCCACCUCUGGCCUUUAGGGCUUUCCUUACAACUCCGGCGAACCAUCUCCCGACAAGAGAUAAAGCCUUGACCCGGAUAUGAGCAUGCCGUCCAGCAACCAAGUAAAAAUGUUAGAUCCACAUUUCCGAAUGCUGUCCUCUCUUCCACAAUGUCCCACGCUUUUCCAAUAAACCUAUAGGCUGCAGAUACCAAGAGCGCAAGUUGGCUAAUACGCUAUUUUAAUUUAUAUAAUGAUUUUAUCAAGCUUACUUAGUUUUUUAAAUUGAGAAAAAUUUAUAAUUAUUUUUGACGAUAAUACAAUUGAUUACUUCAAGGACUUCAAAGAUCAGUUCUUAUUAAAGCAAUGAGUGCCAUUUUUUUUCGGCAACAAAGAGACCCAAAAAUUUUCGGAUAAUUUUAUUGGGAAGGUAAUCAAAUCUACUGGGAUCAGAAAUAUUGUCAUAUCGAAUCAAGGUGAAAGUGCCUCAAAAUUAGUUAAAAGUUUGAGAAAUAAAAAUAUGAUGAAGGAAGGAAUCGGGAUAAUUUUGGGAAGCAGAAGUUGGUGGAAUGUAGAUGAAAAUGGAAUUUUGGGUUACACCGAAUCAGGGCUUGAAAAUGCUACAGAUUAUUAUAGUUAUGAAGCUUUAGCUUGCGUCAAAUUAAUAGACCUAAUAAUCAAUUUCCAGCAUAGGAGGAAUAAUUUAGACUUAAGACAUUACCUACUCCUCCCUCGUGAGUGAAUGAAAAAAUUUUAUUCGCUGAGAAGGGGGCUAAUUUUUUUCGAAAUUUAAAAAAAUCCCAUUUCUAAAAAGUGGAAAGCAAAUAUUUAUUUAAUUUGUAAAAUUUACGUUUAAAAUGCAAGCUGUUCAAAUUUAAACAGAAUUAGCUAAAGAUUUCAUUAUAUAAUUAUCACUUAUAUAUCUCGUAUUGAAAAAGAAUUUCUAGAGGGGGGUUAGAGCAAAAUACAAUAAACCACCAUCCAAUCCCUAGUUUUACAAUUAUGAACUCAUAUAAUAACGAAAAAAGAAGAGUCGGAGCAAUCGUUGAUGGAGCGAUUAUUUGAAAUGAUGAUUUAAUUUUCGUUGGGAAUUCGUCAUCUAUUCCAAAUUCUCCAACAACACCAAUAAAUAUAUGAAUAGCGGAUGGUACCACAAAUCCUGGAUUUGCAAAUAGCGAUUUGACAUAUUCCAUUAAAGAAGGAACACGCUAUGCUUUACUUUCUUAUGUGCAAAAGACUCACUUUCUUGAUGGCUUUGAUAUUGUGCUCACGCAUACAGAUUGUGGAGCCGAAGUCUACAAGCCAGCCUUUUCUAUGAAAUGCUUUUCUGAAUUAAAAGGCAACCCUGGCAUUGCUUUUAUGACGACUCCACUUCCCUCUACCUUAUUUGGAAAUUUGAUUUCUUUAAAAGCUUUGAAUAUUACAAUUCCAGUUAUAUCCGAAUAUGCAACUCCUCAAGCAUUGGAAAGUAAAAUUAAUUACCCACAAUUCAUGAGAAUUGCUGGGUAUGACUUAUACCAUACUAGUGUCCUUACCACACUAAUCAAUGUUUUUGGAUGGAAGAAUAUAGUUUUAAUACUAGAAAACUCGACAGACAAUAUUGUCAUUCACGAUUAUAUUGCCAAUUGGGCAGAAGAAUUUAAAAUUAACAUUGCAAACAAAGAAGAAGAUAGGUGAAUUAUGCUGAGCUAUAAUCAUACAAGAUUUGGAGAGGUAAAAGAUUGAAUGAAGAGGAUAAUUGACUUAAGAGUGAGGCCUAUAUUGUUCUAUGUCACUCCACCAUUUGAGUAUAAUGCAAUUGUUGAUUUUUAUGAAGCUGGCUUAAGGCAAGGAAACUGCAUUUUUUUACUUACUAAUAGAGUUGCCUAUGUUCAAGUUCAUGCACAUGGUGAUGCUGCUAAGCAGAGAUUAAGAGAGUUGCUAUACGGUGCAUUAAUAAUAAUGGAAGCUGAAUUUAUCGGAGAAUAUGGUCAAGAAAUUUUGAAAGAACUACAAGAGUAUUACUUUCCUUUAGCUACUAGUGAUUUUAAGUGUUUAUCAUUUGAUGCUGCUAUGCUGAUUUUGCAUGGAUUAAAAUAUACAUUAGCUCAAGGAACUGACUAUGAAAAUAAUUCUGUAUUCAAUACAAAUCUCAGAUUCCAAAAAUUUUUGGGCUGCUCAGGAACUGUUUCAAUUGAAUCUGAUAGCAAUAAUCGAAAUUCAGCAACUCUUGGGAUCUAUAAUAUGAGGUGAAAUGAAAGCACUGGAUUUAUCUAUGAAUCCCUAACUGGGACCUAUAGUGUUGGAAGUAAACAACUGUUCACAUUUUUCGAUAAUAUUAUUUGAUUUAACAAUAAAACAACUCUUCCUGGUGAUAAGAUUGCAUACGAUAAUGGAUGUCCUUUUGACAAGAGUGAAAUCAGAUUCUCUACAAAAGGAGCAGCAAUUUUUUACUCUUUAUCAGUUUUCAUUUUUAUUGUAGCAAUCGUUAUAACUUUCUAUGUAUGGAAAAAGCGUUGGCAUAGGGAAGAUCCAGAACCAAUAAAAAAAUCAAGAUUUCAAUUUGAGGAUUAUAUAGCAAUGAUUGCGGUUUUUAUCGAUUUUUUCCAAUUCCUUUCUCUCGGUCCUGACUUCAGUUACGAUGUUUUUUCAACUAAAGUAUCGACCCUAGUUUCGAUUAAUAUAGGAUGACUCAACAAAGGAGAAAGACUAUGGAUAUAUGUGAAUUGUGCUAUAGUAAUUGUUGCUAUAUGAGUAUUCUUCAGUAUUCAAGUCGCUUUUAACUUAUUUGAGAAGUCUGACAAUACUUUCAGUUCAGCUAUCCGAGCAAUGUCAAAAAUAUCAUUAACAAUAAUAGGAAACUUGGGCUUUUUACCUCUUAUUUCUGUAUUUUUAAGCUCUUUUGCAUGCUAUGAAUCUAUAGGUCCAAAUAUAAAACAAACAUUUGUACAUCAAGACUGCUCUACUUUUUGCUGGCAAGAUAAGCAUAUCAUAUGAGCUACGCUAUCCGCUAUUUCAUUACUUGUUUAUUUACCCUCAGCAAUAUAUUUUCGACCAUUUGCAGACACUAUGAGUCAUGGUAAUGUAAAAACUAAACCACUAUUUUUAAUGGCUAAAGGACUAUUGCAAGUGGGUGCAAUCAUUCUAAGUAAGACGCUAAAAGUUUACUAUGCAAGUUUGCACGGACUUAUUUAUAUCAUACUUUUUACAAUUUUUAUUGUGUUUUGCAUUAAGCUAAAGCCAUAUAAUUAUGGCCGAAUGAACCUUUGACUAAUAAUGUCUUAUAUGGCUGUUAUAUGGGGUGUAUUAUUAUCCUCUAUUAAUUCUGUAUCUUCAUAUCAUUCUGCGCUACUUGGACUAAUUGUUGAUUUUAUGGGCUGGCUGAUUAUAGCAUUCACAGGUUUAUACAUUCAAACUAGAUAUUAUCCUUCGAUGCUAUUUGCUGAAGAAAAUGCUAAUAUUGGGGAGCUAUUUAGAUUUCAGCUUGGAAAGUCAAUAAACGCUGAUAAAAUCAACCAGAUCAUAAGAGAAAGUAAAUUUGAAUCAACCAGGUUAAGAAGUAACGGCUCUGAAAGCCAAACCAAUUUAAUUGCAGAUAAAAGCAAAGAAUAUAUAAAAGUAGAAGAAAAGUCAUUAAAGCUUUCAUUUAAUUAA